GUUGUUACUUGUUCUAUGGUGGUACUAUCAUGGAAAUCUGCGAUCAAGCAUGUUUUGGUGUUAUCAAUUUGGAUCGAUAAUUAUUCGAGUGAACACGAGUGUUAAAAUAAUGAAUUAAUAGGUACUAACUAUUAAGUAGUAUCGUGUUUUAAUAUUAUGUUUUGUUUUACGUAAUUGUUACGUUCAAAUCAUACCUGAAGUAUUCUACGCAAUAGAACUAAAGGUAGUAGGUAGUACAGUAUUAGUAUUCAGUACUGACCUUUAAACUAAUCGAUAACACCACAUUCAACAUUAUGAAUUUAAUUGGAUAUUUGAUAUAAGUUACGUGAAACAUGGACAUUUUAACAAAUAGUAUUGCCAAAUUUUGUUCAUUGCCACCUUCAUGUAUCAUUGGGGUGACUGCAGCUGUUGGUUUUAUAAAUUAUUAUUUUAUGUUUGCAGUUAAGGCUCCCAGAAUACACUGUAAAGAAGGUGAAUUUAAAAAUUUUAUUCGUCAAAAUGUUCCAAUUAUCAAUGAAAAGUACUGGCCAACAAUGUGGUGUUUUGAAGCUAGAUUUCAAAGUGUAUUAGCAAGUUUGAUACGAUCAUUUGUAGUUCCUCCAGCACCAUAUACAAGAGAAAUAUUUAAGUUAAAGGAUGGAGGUGAAGUGGCAUUGGACUGGCUGGAACCAAUGAAACGUCCUAACGAUAUGUAUGAUGCAACAAUUUUGUUUUUGCCUGGAUUAACAGGUGACAGUAAAUGUGAGUAUGUUCGAGCUACAUCAUUGGCCGUGCAAAAAUCUGGAUUCAGAAUUGUUGUUUUCAAUUAUAGAGGAAUUGGUGGCAUUGAGUUGAAGACUCCAAGAACUUAUUCUGCUAACAAUAUUGAUGACUUAACUGAAGUUGUUUGUCAUAUAAAAAGCAAGUAUCCAAACACAAUUUUAGGAGGAAUUGGGGUGUCUAUGGGUGGACUUUUAUUGGGAAGUUUUUUGUCAUCUAAUGAGCAACACGUUCACAAAUAUUUCUCUGCCGCUAUGUUAAUUUCAGUUCCAUGGAAUUUAAUUGCAACUACACAAAAUAUAGAAAAACCAUAUUUAAAUCGUUUUCUUUGUACAUACUUAGCAAAAUGUCUUUGUAAUCUUGUUGAAAAUAGUAGCAAUAUGUUAAGUUCAUCAAGUCAUAAAUGGGAUUAUAAUCAAGUCAUUAAAAGUAAAACUAUAAGAGAAUUUGAUUCAAAUUAUACUAUCAAGUUAUUUGAACAUGAAUCUGUUGAUGAUUACUAUAAAAAAGCAUCACUCCAUGAUAAAGUGGAUCGUAUCCGAGUGCCUUGUUUGUGUUUGAAUGCUGCUGACGAUCCAUUUUGUUUAGAAUCUGAUCUGCCACUAGAAAGUGCUGACAGAAUUGAAAAUUUAGCCAUUUUAGUUACAGUAAAAGGUGGGCAUAUUGGGUUUUUAGAAGGUAUUUGGCCAUUUACUAAUAGUAAUGAAUUUAUGUUUCGUAUAAUUGACCAAUAUUUUAGCUCAAUAUUUAAAAAUAAUAACUAUAAAAGAUAUGAUGGUUAAAUUGUUUUUUUUGUAAUACAUUUAGAGUUAAGUCUAUUUACUACUUUAGAUAAAAUAUAUGAUCAAAUAUUUUAAUUUUAUAGUGUAUACAUACUUUUAUUAUAUUGUAAUAAAUUUAUUUUCUUCGUGGUGGUGUUGAUUUUAGUUAAAAUAUAUAUAUAUACAAAUUAACUAUA